UCCCGCUCCCGCGCCCGGGCCCCGCCAUGGUGCUGGAGUCGGUGGUCGCGGACCUGCUGAACCGCUUCCUGGGGGACUAUGUGGAGAACCUGAACAAGUCCCAGCUGAAGCUGGGCAUCUGGGGCGGUAAUGUGGCUUUAGAUAAUCUACAGAUAAAAGAAAAUGCUCUGAGUGGAUUGGAUGUUCCUUUUAAAGUCAAGGCUGGCCAAAUUGAUAAAUUAACUUUGAAGAUCCCUUGGAAGAACCUUUAUGGAGAAGCUGUUGUUGCAACCCUAGAGGGAUUAUACCUGCUUGUUGUCCCUGGAGCAAGUAUUAGAUAUGAUGCUGAAAAGGAAGAAAAAUCCUUGCAAGAUAUUAAACAGAAAGAGUUAUCCAGAAUUGAAGAAGCCCUUCAAAAAGCAGCAGAGAAAGAUAAACCAAAAGAAGCCAAAAAGGAUACAUUUUUGGAAAAAUUGGCAACUCAAGUAAUUAAAAAUGUACAAGUAAAAAUCACAGACAUUCACAUUAAAUAUGAAGAUGAUGUCACAGAUCCAAAGCGGCCGCUUUCAUUUGGUGUCACACUGGGAGAACUUAGUCUAUUGACUGCAAAUGAACACUGGGCUCCAUGCAUAUUAAAUGAAGCAGAAAAAAUUAUAUACAAGCUUAUACGACUUGAUAGUCUCAGCGCCUACUGGAAUGUUAACUGCAGCAUGUCUUACCAGGGAUCGAGGGAACAGAUCUUGGAUCAGCUGAAAAGUGAAAUUCUUACAAGUAGCAAUAUACCCCCAAACCAUCAAUACAUUUUCCAGCCAAUAUCAGCCUCUGCAAAACUCUACAUGAAUCCUUAUGCAGAAGCAGAGCUCAAAACACCUAAACUUGAUUGGAAUAUAGAAGUACAAAAUAUUGCCAUUGAACUGACCAAACCUCAGUACUUAAGUAUGAUUGACCUUUUGGAGUCAGUGGAUUAUAUGUUUAGAAAUGCUCCUUACAGGAAAUAUAAGCCUUAUUUACCGCUUCAUACCAAUGGUCGACAAUGGUGGAAAUAUGCAAUUGAUUCUGUUCUUGAAGUUCAUAUAAGAAGGUAUACACGGAUGUGGUCAUGGAGUAACAUAAAAAAACACAGGCAAUUGCUCAAGAGUUAUAAAAGUGCCUACAAAAAUAAGCUAACCCAGACUAAAGUCCCAGAAGAAAUGCAGAAACAAAUUCAGGAUCUGGAGAAGACUCUAGAUGUUUUUAACAUAAUUUUAGCAAGGCAACAAGCACAAGUUGAGGUCAUUCGAUCUGGGCAAAAAUUAAGGAAAAAGUGUGGUGACACAGGCGAGAAACGUGGAGGCUGGUUUAGUGGGUUUUGGGGUAAGAAGGAAUCUAAGAAAAAAGAUGAAGAAUCUUUGAUUCCUGAAACUAUUGAUGACCUUAUGACACCAGAGGAAAAAGAUAAGCUCUUCACGGCUAUUGGUUAUAGUGAGAGCACCCACAACCUAACUUUACCCAAGCAGUAUGUUGCAUAUAUAGUGGCACUGAGGUUAGUAAGCACCUCUGUUACAAUAAGAGAAAACAGAAAUGUUCCAGAAAUACUGAAAAUUCAGGUAAUUGGCCUUGGCACCCAAGUAUCGCAGCGUCCAGGAGCACAGGCACUUAAGGUGGAAGCAAAAUUAGAACACUGGUAUAUAACAGGCCUGAGACAGCAAGAUAUUAUACCAUCACUUGUGGCUUCAAUUGGUGAUACUGCAUCAUCCUUGCUUAAAAUUGAAUUUGAAACCAAUCCAGAGAAUAGUACUGCUGACCAGACUCUGGUUGUUCAGUCUCAGCCUGUGGAGGUCAUCUACGAUGCUAAAACCAUCAAUGCAGUGGUUGAAUUCUUUCAGUCAAACAGAGGAUUAGAUCUUGAGCAAAUAACAUCAGCUACAUUGAUGAAGCUGGAAGAAAUUAAAGAGAAAACAGCUACAGGACUUACACAUAUUAUUGAAACCCGGAAAGUCCUUGAUUUAAGAAUAAAUCUGAAACCUUCUUACCUAAUAGUUCCACAGACAGGUUUCCACCAUGAAAAGUCAGAUCUUCUCAUCUUAGAUUUUGGUACAUUUCGGCUUAACAGUAAAGAUCAAGGUUUGCAGAAGACUAGUAGUUCAUCUCUGGAAGAAAUAAUGGAUAAGGCAUAUGACAAGUUUGAUGUUGAAAUAAAAAGUGUGCAACUACUCUUUGCAAGAGCAGAUGAAAACUGGAAAAAGUGUCGAUUUCAACAUCCAUCAACUAUGCAUAUAUUGCAACCCAUGGAUAUUCAUGUUGAGUUGGCCAAGGCAAUGGUGGAAAAAGACAUUAGGAUGGCCAGAUUUAAAGUAUCCGGAGGGCUUCCUCUGAUGCACGUGAAAAUUUCUGACCAGAAGAUGAAAGAUGUGCUAUCUUUGAUUAACAGUAUACCCUUGCCACAGAAAUCAUCUGCACAGUCUCCGGAGAGACAGGUAUCCUCAAUUCCUAUUAUACCAGCUAGGACAAAAGACCUACUUGGUACACCACUGUUGCUAGAUGGAGUGGAGUCAGAAUCUGAAGAUGAGUAUUUUGAUGCUGAGGAUGGAGACACACAGACUGUGUGUAAAAGUAUGAAAGGGUCAGACAUAAAAAAAGUUGCUGAGGCCCCAAAUGAGGAGCUCAUUAAUCUUCUACUGAAGUUUGAAGUUAAAGAGGUGAUUUUGGAAUUUACCAAACAACAGAAGGAAGAAGAUACAAUUCUAGUGUUUAAUGUUACUCAGUUAGGAACAGAGGCUACAAUGAGAACAUUUGAUUUAACUGUGGUUUCUUAUUUAAAGAAAAUCAGCCUGGAUUAUCAUGAAAUUCAAGGAUCCAAAAAGAAGCCCCUUCACUUGAUUAGCUCUUCUGAUAAACCUGGAUUAGAUCUUUUAAAAGUGGAAUGCAUUAAGGCUGAUAAGAAUGGACCCAGUUUUCAAACUACUUUUGAAAGAACUGAACAAACACUUAAGGUGGCUUUUUCAUCGUUAAACCUGUUGCUGCAUACACAAGCUCUUCUCUCUUCUAUUAAUUACCUGACAACCAUUAUCCCGUCAGAUGGCCAAAAUAUGGGUGAUACCAAGGAAGUACAAGUUUCUGCUGAAAAGCAACAAAAAAAUUCAGCUCUGCAGAAAGUGAUUGUAUCUUCUAAAGACAGUGACAUUAUUCACUUCAGGCUGUUUGCCAAGUUGAAUGCUUUCUGUGUUGUUGUUUGCGAUGAGAAGAACAAUAUUGCUGAAAUCAAGAUUCAAGGACUUGAUUCUUCCCUUUCUCUUCAGUCAAGAAAACAAUCACUAUUUGCCAGAUUGGAAAAUAUUAUUGUCACAGAUGUUGAUCCUAAGACAGUUCAUAAAAAAGCUGUGUCAAUAAUGGGAAAUGAAGUCUUUCAUUUUAACUUGGAUUUGUAUCCGGAUGCUACUGAGGGGGAUUCCUAUACUGACAUGUCCAAAGUGGAUGGUGUGGUAUCACUGAACGUUGGCUGUAUUCAGAUUGUCUAUCUCCAUAAAUUCCUCAUGUCACUUCUGAACUUCCUGAACAAUUUCCAGACAGCCAAAGAGGCUCUGAGUGCUGCCACUGCUCAGGCUGCAGAAAAGGCUGCCACAAGUGUGAAAGAUUUUGCCCAGAGAAGCUUUCGUGUUUCUAUCAAUAUUGAUUUGAAAGCACCAGUUAUAGUCAUCCCACAGUCUUCCAUUUCCACCAAUGCAGUAGUGGUAGAUCUUGGGUUAAUCAGAGUUCAGAACCAGUUCAGUCUGGUAUCUGGUGAAGACUACUCAGAUCCUCCAGUAAUUGAUAGAAUGGAUGUGCAGCUAACAAAGCUUAAGCUUUCUAGGACAGUGAUCCAGCCAGGUAUCUCCCAUCCUGAUAUUCAGCUGUUGAAACCAAUUAACUUGGAGUUUUCUGUAAAUCGAAAUCUAGCUGCAUCUUGGUACCACAAGGUGCCUGUUGUGGAAAUUAAUGGGCAUCUUGAGUCAAUGAAUGUUAAACUAAAUCAAGAAGAUCUUAAUCUUUUAUUUAGAAUACUAGCAGAAAAUCUCGGUGAGGCUACUGAAGACUUGAAUAAAGUGAAACCAAGAAUGCAAGAGACAGGUGAAAUUAAAGAGCCACUUGAAAUCUCUACAUUAAAACAAGAUGUGCAUGUUUCACAAGAUAGUUUAACAGCUGGCGCGGAAGAAAUUAGAUCUGUAGACAUCAUUAACAUGCUGCUGAAAUUUGAAAUCAAAGAGGUUGUGAUUACUUUGAUGGAAAAAGCAGAAAAGAAAGGAAGGCCUUUACAUGAACUAAAUGUCCUGCAGCUUGGACUGGAAGCUAGAGUUAAAGCCUAUGACCUGAUUGCUGAAGCUUAUCUAAAAAAAAUUAGUAUGCGGUGCUUUGAGUUCAUAGACUCUAAAGGAGAACCUCUUCACAUUGUUAACUCUUCUAAUGUAACAGAUGAACCCCUUCUGAAAAUGUUAUUGAAAAAGGCAGACAGUGAUGGACCAGAAUUUAAAACCAUUCAUGAGAAUACCAAACAAAGACUUCAGGUUUCAUUUUCAUCCUUAGACUUAGUUCUUCAUUUGGAAGCUUUACUGUCCUUCAUGGAUUUUUUAUCAUCUGCUGUUCCAUCCUCUGAAUCUUCUAAGAAGGAAUCGGAGCUGAAACCACUUAUGGGGGAGUCCAGAAGCAUCAUUGCCAAAACUGUAUCCAGCAGCGCUUCUCAAGACGAUGUGUUUGGUUUAAAGGUCGAAGCUGAAUUAAAUGCAUUUAAUGUCUUUGUCUGUGAUCAGAAGUGUAACAUUGCAAAUAUUAGAAUACAUGGAAUGGAUGCCUCUGUUUCUGUGAGGCCAAAGCAGACCGACAUGUUUGCCAGACUUAAGAAUAUCAUAGUUAGGGAUGCUGAUGUGACUUCCAUUCACAAAAAGGCUGUCUCUAUUUUGGGAGAUGAAGUCUUUAGGUUCCAAAUGACUCUUUAUCCAGACGCCACAGAAGGAAAGGCCUAUGCUGAUAUGUCUAAAGUAGAUGGCAAACUUAGUCUCAAAGUGGGUUGUAUUCAAGUUGUUUAUGUUCAUAAAUUCUUCAUGUCUCUUUUGAACUUCCUCAACAAUUUUCAAACUGCCAAAGAAGCUUUGAGCACAGCUACAGUCCAGGCUGCAGAAAGAGCUGCUUCUGGCAUGAAAGACUUGGCUGAAAAGAGCUUCCGCCUUUUGAUGGAUAUCAAUUUGAAAGCACCAGUUAUUAUCAUUCCUCAGUCUUCACUAUCACCUAAUGCUGUUAUAGCAGAUCUGGGUUUAAUCAAAGUUGAAAACCAAUUUAAUGUAGUUUCUGUGGAACAAUAUUCUCUUCCCCCAGUCAUCGAUAAAAUGAACAUCCAACUCACUCAGCUGAAGCUGUCCAGAACAAUUUUGCAGGCUGACUUACCGCAACAGGACAUUGAAAUUUUAAAACCAGUCAACAUGCUUUUAUCUGUGCAGCGAAAUUUAGCAGCAUCAUGGUAUGUGCAAAUUCCAGGGAUGGAGAUAAAAGGAAAACUAAAACCUAUGCAGGUUGCUCUCAGUAAAGAUGACUUAACAAUUUUAAUGAAAAUUUUGCUAGAGAAUCUUGGAGAAGCUUCUUCAGAGCCAAGCCCUCCACAGUCUGCCCAGGAGGCUGUAAGAGUAAGAAAAGACAUUUUCAGUAGACCUGACCACCUCAAAGAACAAGAAGAUGUGACAGGCUCAAAGCUUUCUUUGGACCAGAAUGUCACUCUCCGGUUUGACUUUCACUUUGAAUCUCUUUCUAUUGUACUUUAUAACAGUGACCCCAGCCAGGAAUCCAAACUUUCAUUACAUAAUGACAGUUUCCAACUUGGUGAACUCAGACUACAUCUUAUGGCCUCUUCAGGGAAGAUGUUUAAGGAUGGCUCAAUGGAUGUCAAUAUCAAACUUAAGACAUGCACCCUUGAUGAUCUCAGAGAAGGAAUUGAGAGAGCAACAUCAAGAAUGAUUGAUAAGAAGAAUGGCCAAGAUAACAAUAGGUCUAUGAUUGACAUAAGUUACAAACAAGAUAAAAAUGCAAGUCAUAUUGAUGCUGUUCUUGACAAGCUGUAUGUAUGUGCCAGUGUGGAAUUUUUGAUGACUGUGGCAGAUUUCUUUAUCAAAGCUGUACCUCAGAGUCCAGAAAAUAUGGCUAAAGAAUCACAGAUUCAACUGCGACAGACUGCCUUAGCCAAAAUCAAGAUGGAGAAAGAUGACUCUGUAAGACCAAAUAUGACUUUAAACGCCAAGAUCACAGACCCAGAAGUGGUGUUUGUUGCCAACCUGACAAAGGCUGAUGCUCCUGCUCUCACAGCCUCAUUCCAGUGUAACCUCUCUCUGUCAACAUCCAAACUUGAGCAGAUAAUGAAAGCUUCUGUGGGAGAUCUUAAAGUGCUUGCUUGCCCUUUUCUCAGAGAAAAGAGAGGAGAAAACAUUACCACAGUCUUACAGCCCUGUUCUCUAUUUAUGAAAAAAUGUACACUAGCUUCAGGAAAAGAAGAUAUAAAUAUUGAAGUCAAAGAAUUUAUAAUUAAGAUUUCACCCAUAAUUCUUAAUACUGUGCUGACAAUAAUGGCUGCUCUGUCUCCGAAGACAAAAGAAGAUGAAUCCAAAGAUACAUCUAAGGAAACGGAAGAUCUUUGGGCUAUCAAAUCUAUUAGUGAUUGUAACACUUGGUUUCUUGGUGUUGACAUGGCCACAGAAAUAACAGAAAAUUUCAGAGGCACUGAAAAUCCAUUGAUAGAGGAAAAUUGUGCUAUUGUUGUCCAGUCAGUUCAAGUUACCUUAGAAUGUGGCCUUGGGCAUCGAACUGUACCUUUAUUACUGGCAGAGUCUAAGUUUUCAGGAAGUAUUAAAAAUUGGAGUUCCCUAAUGGCUGCUUCUGCGGACAUGACACUAGAGGUUCAUUAUUACAAUGAGACCCAUGCUGUUUGGGAGCCACUGAUUGAGAAAGUGGAGGGGAAGAGACCGUGGAAUUUGAGGCUUGCUGUAAAGAAGAAUCCAGUCCAGGAUAAAAGUUUGAUGCCAGGAGAUUAUUUUAUUCUACUUCCUGAGCCACAAACAGAAGUUGAUAUUUCUUCAUGCGAUACAAUGAAUAUAACAAUAUCCAAAAGCUGUCUUAAUGUUUUCAACAAUUUGGCCAAAGGUUUUUCAGAGGGGACAGCUUCUACUUUUGACUACUCUUUGAAAGACAGGGCUCCUUUUACAGUAACAAAUUCUGUAGGUAUUCCCAUUAAGGUGCAGCCCAAUCAUAAUCUCAGAGUGAUGGGCUCACUUGAGAAAAGAGAUGCGUGUGAUGUUGAUGCCGGUCAGAGUUUGGAGUUGGAAUAUGCCAGCAUGGAACCCUCACAUCAAGGGAAACUGUCUAUACUGAGCCGUCAGGAGAGCUCCCUCUUCUCUCUGACCUUCGCACCUCAUGGAUAUACAGAAGUUGCGAAAGUCCCUGUUUCCAGACCUGGACGGCGAUUAUAUAACGUAUGGAAUCCCAAUGCCAGUCAUUUUGACUCACUCGUGGUACAAAUUGAUGCAACUGAAGGGAAUAAAGUAAUUACCCUUCGUUCUCCUCUGCAGAUUAAAAACCAUUUCUCUAUUGCUUUCUUCAUCUAUAAAUGUGUUAAGAAUGUGAAGCUACUGGAGUGCAUUGGAGUGGCCAGACCUGAAGAGGAGUUCCAUGUUCCCUUAGAUUCGUAUAGAUGUCAGUUGUUCAUUAAGCCAGCUGGUAUCUUAGAGAAUCAGUACAAAGAAUCCACCACUUAUAUUUCCUGGAAGGAAGAACUUCAUCGGAGCAUGGAAGUCAGAUGCAUGCUGCAGUGUCCGUCAACAGAGGCCAACUUCUUACCUCUCAUAGUCAGUACAGUUGCUGUGCCUGAUGAAUUAAGCUAUAUAUGUGCACAUGGGGAAGACUGGGAUCCAGCCUACAUCAUUCAUCUUUACCCUACUGUCACUUUGCGGAAUUUUCUACCAUAUUCUCUAAGAUAUUUACUUGAGGGAACAGCAGAAACUCAUGAGCUAGCAGAAGGCAGUGCUGCCAAUAUUCUACAUUCGAGAAUCAGUGGAGAAAUAAUGGAAUUAGUUCUGGUGAAAUAUCAGGGCAAAAACUGGAAUGGACAUUUCCGUAUAUGUGAUACACUUCCCGAAUUCUUUCUUGUGUGUUUUUCUUCUGACUCCACAGAGGCAUUGACAGUUGACCUGUCAAUACAUGUCGAGCGAAUUGGCAGCCAGAUGGAGCUAUCCAUCUUUAGUCCCUAUUGGCUAAUCAACAAGACUUCUCGGGUUCUCCAGUAUCGUUCAGAAGAUAUUCAUGUGAAACAUCCGGCUGAUUUUAGGGAAAUCAUUUUAUUCUCUUUCAAGAAGAAGAACAUUUUUAGUAAAAAUAAGGUGCAAUUAAAAAUUUCCACUAGUUCGUGGUCCAGUGGUUUUUCAUUGGAUACAGUGGGAAGUUAUGGGUGUGUCAAGUGUCCUGCCAACAAUAUGGAAUACCUGGUUGGUGUUAGCAUCAAAAUGAGCAGUUUUAAUCUUACACGAAUAGUUACUUUAACGCCCUUUUAUACCAUUGAAAACAAGUCAUCAUUAGAACUAGAAGUUGGUGAAAUUGCAUCUGAUGGCUCAAUGCCAACUAAUAAAUGGAACUAUGUUGCUUCUUCAGAGUACCUUCCAUUUUGGCCUGAAAAACUUGCAGGCAAACUUUGUGUGAGAGUGGUGGGCUGUGAAGGAUCCUCCAGGCCAUUCUUUUAUAACCAGCGGGAUAAUGGCACUUUAUUGAGCUUAGAAGAUCUGAAUGGGGGUAUCUUGGUGGAUGUAGAUACUGCUCCACAUUCAACUGUCGUAAGGUUUUCUGAUUACCACGAGGGAUCUGCACCUGCCCUAAUAGUAAACCACACACCAUGGGACGUCCUCACAUAUAAACAAAGUGGGUCACAGGAAGAACUGGUAUUGCUGCCAAGACAAGUUCGACUCUUCGCCUGGGCAGAUCCCACUGGUACCAGAAAACUUACAUGGAGUUAUGCAGCAAAUGUUGGGGAACAUGAUCUGUUAAAGGAUGAAUGUGGACAAUUUCCAUAUGAUGCAAACAUCCAGAUACACUGGGUAUCAUUUCUAGAUGGGCGCCAGAGAGUUUUGCUUUUCACCGAUGAUGUUGCCUUGGUUUCCAAAGCACUGCAGGCAGAAGAAAUGGAGCAGGCCAAUCAUGAAAUAACUUUUUCUCUCCAUAGUCUUGGGCUUUCACUGGUUAACAAUGAAAACAAGCAAGAAGUUUCAUAUAUUGGUAUAACCAGUUCUGGUGUUGUUUGGGAGAUGAAACCAAAACGGAAAUGGAAGCCAUUUAGUCAAAAGCAGAUAAUUUUAUUGGAAAAGUCCUAUAAGAAAUAUCUAGAAUCAAGAGACCUUGGCUGGAUUAAACUAGAUGAUAAUUUUGAGGUAAAUUUUGGCAAAGACCCAAUGGAAAUUCGCCUUCCUUUUCGGUGCCCUAUAAAACGAGAUUUUUUAUCAGGAAUUCAGGUUGAAUUUAAGCAGUCUCCUCACCAAAGAAGUUUAAGGGCCAGAUUGUAUUGGCUUCAGGUUGAUAGUCAAUUACCAGGUACAGUGUUCCCUGUUGUAUUUCAUCCUGUGGCUCCUCCAAAAUCUGUUGCUUUGGAUUCAGAGCCCAAACCUUUCAUUGAUGUGAGUGUCAUCACAAGAUUUAAUGAGUACAGUAAAGUCUUACAGUUCAAGUAUUUUAUGGUUCUCAUUCAGGAAAUGGCCUUAAAAGUUGAUCAGGGGUUUCUAGGAGCUAUUACUGCACUGUUUACCCCAACAGCUCACCCUGAAGUCGAAAGAAAAUGGACAGAAUUAAUCCAGGAAGAAUCUGAUGCUAUAAACACAGAAUUAGUGGAGACCUCAGUGACCGACACAUCCAUUCUUAGUUUCUUUGAACAUUUCCAUAUUUCUCCUAUUAAGUUGCACUUGAGUUUGUCUUUGGGUUCUGGUGAUGAAGAGUCAAACCAAGGAAAACAGGAAAUGAUUCCAAUUCAUUCUGUCAAUCUGCUGUUGAAAAGCAUAGGUGCUACUCUGACUGAUGUGGAUGACCUUAUAUUCAAACUUGCUUAUUAUGAAAUUCGGUAUCAGUUUUACAACAGAGAUCAGCUCAUGUGGAGUGUUGUUAGACAUUACAGUGAACAGUUCUUGAAACAGAUGUAUGUCCUUGUAUUGGGCUUAGAUGUGCUUGGAAACCCAUUUGGAUUAAUUAGAGGUCUGUCCGAAGGAUUUGAAGCUUUAUUCUAUGAACCCUUCCAGGGUGCUGUUCAAGGCCCUGAAGAGUUUGCUGAGGGGUUAGUAAUUGGAGUAAGAAGUCUCUUUGGACACACAGUAGGUGGCGCAGCAGGAGUUGUAUCUCGAAUCACUGGUUCUGUUGGAAAAGGUUUGGCAGCAAUUACAAUGGACAAAGAGUAUCAGCAAAAAAGAAGAGAAGAGAUGGGCCGGCAGCCUAAAGAUUUUGGUGACAGCCUGGCCAGAGGCGGAAAGGGCUUCUUACGUGGAGUCGUCGGUGGAGUGACUGGGAUAAUUACAAAGCCGGUGGAAGGUGCCAGAAAGGAGGGAGCUGCUGGAUUCUUUAAAGGAAUUGGGAAAGGGCUCGUGGGUGCUGUGGCUCGCCCCACCGGCGGAAUCGUAGAUAUGGCCAGCAGCACCUUCCAGGGAAUCCAGAGGGUGGCGGAAUCAGCCGAGGAAGUGGCCAGGCUCCGCACCCCUCGCCUGAUCCGUGAGGACGGCAUCAUCCGCCCGUAUGACAGACAGGAAUCCGAGGGCUAUGAUUUGUUUGAGGAUCAAAGCUUUUUAGUGCAGAAAGGAUAAUGUUAAGGAAGUCGGAAGCUUUAUUGCUAUUUGUAUGGUAGCUCCUUUAGUUUACGUUGUUAACUUCAGUCUCCUGCUUUGUAGCUAAUUAUUGGAAUUUCACUGCUUCCUUUUCUCCCAACCAUAUUAAUGUAUUUGGACUGUAUUGUAAAUCUAGAUUUAUUUAGCGAAACAGAAGCUGGAGGAGAGAAAAAAAGAUUAUGUACAAUUAUAAUCUUGUUAAACCUUAAAAACUUUUUUAAGGAUUUUUUUGGGGGCUUUUAUUUUAGCUUUAACUUUACUGUAUUUAAAUAAUAUACACAUAUGUAAAAUGCUAUUUUCCCAUGACUAGCUUUCCUCCAAAAUAAAAAUAUUAAUAUUUUCCUUCUUUGACUUUAAAAUAAAAUGACUCUUCAUUGUUCUUAGCCUUUGGUUUUUGUAGUAUGUAAUUACAUUUUAUCUUUCUGCAUGCUUCUAACUUUAUUUUCUUUCUUUUUCUGCCUACACAGCAAGAACUGGAAAUACAGGAGUAAAUGUUUUCUAUACUACUACUUGAUUUCAUCCUUAAAAAUCAAAACAAACUGUGGUAUUACUUGACUGUCCUGAUUUAUUUAGAGUGAGAGUCCCUUUUAAUGAAGUUUUCUUUACAUUUCUCACCUCUAUCUGAACUUUUUAGUAGUGGCUUGACUACAGUUAAAAAUUGUGAUAUUCCUGGUAAUACUGUACAGGAAUAAGAGGUCGAUAUAAAAAGUGAAAGGAUGCGAGAAAUCAACUCUCUUUUACAUUUAGUUUGAGGAACACUUUAUUGAACUCACAAGUGGAUACUUUUACUCGCAUUUUGAGCAUUUUAUCUUUUCUUACGGUAUUCAUGCGCAUUUCUGGUAAAGUUGGAAAAAAAAAAAGAGCAAUUCUUAUGUCCAGUCUAUUAUGUGUUCUUUAUGUGUGUGAGUCCUGCUGAUAGAAUUACAUAACUAUGUUUUACAGAUCACCCUAAAUUUACUCAAUUUACAGAACUAUUGCCUGGGGCAUAUGUUUUAAGAAAUGAAGUAUCAGUUGCUCUGGGUCUGUCCCUAGACCUCAAAUAAGAGUUGGCACAUGAAUUUUGAGAAUAUGUUCCUUUAAUCUCUUUCUCUUCUUUCACUCCUUGGUACUCUUGCUAGAUAAAUGGCAGUCGUUUUCUAAUUAUGUUGUAUACAUUCUUAGCCUUUAGCAUUUAUACUUUUUAAAAAUUGUCUCCUUAUUGGUUAUGCUUAUUUCACAAUUAUUAGUUUUAGUUAAUGUAAAUAGAAGUUGAACGUGUAAUUAAGCAGAUUGCUUAUGUGGCUUUUGAAUUUAUAGAUGUCUUUAUUUUCAAAAACCAACACCUUUUGCUUUUAAAUCCUGCGAGAGGAUUCAUUAUCCUAAUGAAAACAAAAAAAAUUAUAAACCAUCAUUUUAAAAUUAGUGGCCCCAUAGUUAAUUUUCAGUAUAACAUGUUUUGAUUUCUCUUUUUUACAAAUAAUAGAAAUGUUUGAUUUAGCAGUGUUUUAUCUAGCAACUUUCAUGCUUCCUCCCAAAAUUGAAAACAAAGUACAGACUUAGAUUUAAUAUGUUGUACAUUUAACAAGAAUGAAGCCGUUAACAUACAACUGCUCAGUUGGAUUAUGUAAUUUUUAAACUAUAGUUAUCCAAAGAAUAAAUUGAAUGCUUCAUUUUUGAAACAAGCACUUUAAAGAAGAAAGAAUAACAUCCAAAGACUAGCCUAAAACUGUAGCUGACAAACUUUUCUUGUGCCUGGAUAAUUGAGGGUUGGCAGAAAUGUUGCCCCAUGUACAGUGUCUGAGAAUCACACGCAAUAUCUAAUUCAGGAUUCUGUCUUCAAUCAUCACUCAUAAUUAUUCUUCCUUCUUAGGUACAAGUAAUGGUUUUUAAUUUUCCUGGAUAUAUUACAGUUUUAAUGAGGAUUCUGGGAAAUCUUAUAACUUCUUAAAAAAUUUUUCUUUAUUGUUUACUUUUUGAUUGUUUAGCUCUUUCUGUUAUUCUUUUCCUCAUGAUUUCCCUUUUUACAACUGCAUGUCAGUAAACACAAAACUUUAAGAAGCUUUAUUAUUUUAGCUAAAUGUAGUCAUCUUGUCUGAUUUAGUAAUUUUUGUUAAGAUAUAAGAACUGGAAGAAAUAGAAUGAUCAUGCAUUGAGAGAACUUGGUAAUUUUCUUCCAUGGGUAGUAAAGGUAGGCAUGGACAAUUAAGAAAUUUAGGCUGUUUCAUCCCUUGCCCAUCUUGCUAUAAUCAGUUAGUUGGGUACAAAGUAUUUGAUUAUCUAGACUGUGCUGAAUAUACAAAAGAAAUGAGACUUCUGUCCUUAAGGGACCAAGUAUAACAAAAUGUGUAAAUAUUAAAGAGCAUUAGAGGGUAAAUUAUGUCCUCGUAGUACUUACUGUAAUAUGGGUACAUUCUAAAUAAUUGAUUUGGGAAUGUUUUGAUUUACCCCAUUUUCUUUUUCUCCUGAGCAUUGCUCUGUAUUCUUUAAUUUAAUACCGAGCUUUGAAAGUUGCUGAAUUAUAUACUGUGUUUUCAUAGGAUAUACUCUUAUACUUAUCCUCUGUUCUCCUAGAAUAAUUAGCAUUUACACACACAUAGAUAUAUUUACACACAGACAUAUGUGAUAUUUAUAUAUACAUUGCCAGUUUUUAUUUAAUGUUCAUCUUGAUUCACAGUUAUGAUUGUAUAAUAUUAAAAAUGGUGUUCUUGCUUUUUCAUUUUUAUAUUUUUCCAUGUUCUUAGAAAUGCUUUAUUCUUAAUUCUUGCAUUACCAUCUGUUGAGGUAACUUUACCUCAUAUAUUUGACCGUUCCCAAUUCUUGACAUUGAAGUUGUUUGUUACUUUACUAACAGUAAUAAUGCUGUGGUAAACAUCAUUAUACAUCUUUGUUUUCAUAUCUUGUAUUAUUUCCUUAGAAUUUACUUGAAAAAAUUGAAUGCUUUUGCUAAAUAUUGUAAAUUCUUCAAGUUGUAUCUUGGGGAGGAAGAGUGAGUAUUUUGUAAACUAAUCUGUCACAGAGACUGAAUCUCAGAGUGUAUUGGGUUUUAGAAGUUCUGAAAACCAGGUAUCUAUAAUGUGUUAUGGUGAUAAAAUAUACUUUAAAAGCUUCAGUUUUCUUUAACUGCAACGCUUGAUAACUAAUGAAAAUGUAUACGAGAUGGAAAGUGGAUAGUAUUUCUCGUACAUUUCAUCUCAAAUCUAAAUAUUUUAACAUUUAAAUUUCAAAGCUGAAAAUAAAUGUACUAAAUUCUUAUAUUCAUUUCCCAUAUUCUCUUUAAAGGAAUUAAGGUAUAAAUGUUAAAAGAUUUUAGCUAAUUCACACAGGGAAGAUGUGAAACAAGUGACUAUUAUAAACUCCACUUUUCUCUGAGACUCCUUUUGAGGUUGAGACCCCGUUCUUUGGGGAUUCAUCUUCCUUGUUCAUGGCUUUUUGUAAUUGUCAAGGAAUGAUUAGGAACCAAGGAUCUUUAAAAAAAAAUGUGUAUUUUAGUAUUGAAAUAAUAACAAGUAUGCUUUCUCUGCCUGUGAUUAUUAUUGAUUAUAUUAUCCUUUUGAUAAUAUUGAUGCUGUAUUCUUGGUUAUAAAAUUAAUAUUUUAUUUAUUAGGUAUGUUUAUUUUUUAUAUUUUAUAUAU